UAGUUCUUAACCUUCCUUCACCAACUUUAUAAACAACUUAAUUAAUCAACACUGUGUAUACCUACCAUGCCAUUGACACUAUAUAACGAACUAAGUUGAUAACCAUUGCACAUCGAUUACCUUCAUCUUCAAAGAUGGAUUCGAAAUUUGUUCUCAAGUUCUUCCUUCCUAUUUCAAUUAUGCUUCUUCUAUCAGGAUCAGCAGAUGCACAAGGCUUGAAGGUUGGAUUCUAUAAGAAGACAUGCCCUAAUGCUGAGACUAUAGUUUACAAUGAGAUGAAAAGGGUUAUAUCAGUAGCACCUAGCCUCGCUGGUCCUUUACUUAGGUUGUUCUUUCAUGAUUGUUUCGUGAGGGGAUGUGAUGCUUCAAUCUUAUUGAAUUCUACAAAGAAUAAUGUCGCUGAAAAAGAGUCGCCUAUCAAUCUAAGUCUUCGAGGCUAUGGUGUCAUUGACACCAUUAAGGCUAAACUAGAGAAAGCUUGCCCUGGAAUUGUGUCAUGCGCUGAUAUCACAGCUCUAGUGGCUAGAGAUGCUGUAUAUUUGUCUAAAGGGCCAUCAUGGGAGGUACCAACUGGACGAAGAGAUGGAAGAGCUUCGUUGAUUGCUGAAACUCGACAACUACCUGCACCAAUCUUCACUUUUCAGCAACUGAAAGCCUCGUUCGCGCAAAAGGGUUUGAGUGUAAAAGAUCUAGUAGUUCUAUCAGGCGGGCACACCCUUGGAACCUCUCAGUGCUCAUUUUUCUCCCCCCGGCUCUACAACUUCACUGGAAAGGGCGACGCAGAUCCUUCACUCGACAGUGAGUACGUUAUCAAAUUGAAGAACAAAUGUAAGCCCACUGACACAACCAAGCUCGCAGAAAUGGACCCGGGAAGCUUCUUAAGUUUUGAUACUGACUACUAUAAGAUUGUAUCGAAACGAAGAGGACUGUUCAGUACUGACAGUGCUCUUCUUCAAGAUGCUGAAACGAGAUCUUAUGUUCAGCGCCAGGUAAAGGCAAGUAAUCCGAGAGAGUUCUUCAAGGAUUUUGGAGUGUCUAUGGUGAACAUGGGGAAUACUGGGGUGUUGAUAGGAAAGCAGGGUGAGAUAAGGAAGAAUUGUGCUGUUGUGAAUUAGGAGAGAGUUUGUUGCUUUUGUGUUGUGAUUUUGGAAGUGUGCAUAGUUUUCUGUUUGUUUGGAUAAUAAGAUGGGAACAAAUUGUAAUUUGAUUUCUUUUGUUGAUUUUAACACGUUGUAUUGAAAAUUGUAAAAAUGAGUGCAUAAGCUUUUGAAGUUUGAAUACUUCCCUGUGCAGUUGGGUAGUCAUUUGCAUCAUGAGCUCAUCUUUUAGUCUAAAAAAUUCGCUAAUUGGUUCUCUUUUAAGGCAGGGCAUUUAACUAAUUGAUGCAUUAGU